AUUUAAAAUAUAAUACUAUUUAGACUAUAUGAUCAUCUUCGUCUCUCUCAAUAAUGAUUUUUUUAAUUAUCAAUAAUUAAAUUUUAAUCAAACUAGUUAGUAUAAACCUGAGACUAACAACUGUAUAGAUUGGAACUGCAUAUUAUUAAAUUUCCCAAUUCCAGUCACAAACGCAUAAGCCAGUCGCCACACGUCGCUUUCUAGCCGGACCGAAACUCAAACGUUACCGUUUUCACGCCAAAUCGGCGGCUUAUUUGUCUUUAUCAUGUCUCCUUCCUUUCUAUUAACAAAAAGCAAUAACUUUUCCUAAUGGAGGAGAUUUUUCACCGCUGUUUAUCGUUUCUCUAACGAAAGCUCUAGGGUUUCAUUAUCAAAUUCUUUUGGAUUUGUAACGUUGGUUCAAGAGGGAGAGAAAUUGAAUGGCGGUGGAGUACAAAUGUUGCGAAACGGAUUUCUUUAUUCACAUAUUGGUAAUAGUAUUGCUGGUGAUGUUCGCUGGGAUGAUGUCGGGCCUUACUUUGGGCCUUAUGUCGAUGAGUCUUGUUGAUCUUGAGGUUCUUGCCAAGUCUGGUACUCCCCAGGAUCGUAAACAUGCUGCAAAGAUAUUGCCGGUUGUCAAAAAACAGCAUUUGUUGCUUUGUACACUACUUAUAUGCAAUGCUGCUGCAAUGGAGGCACUUCCCAUUUUCCUUGAUGGUCUGGUCACAGCUUGGGGUGCUAUCCUGAUUUCGGUGACCUUGAUUCUUCUGUUUGGUGAGAUAAUACCGCAAUCUGUUUGUUCUCGAUAUGGUUUGGCUAUUGGUGCAACGGUGGCUCCAUUUGUUCAAGUUCUUGUUUGGAUCUGUUUUCCUGUUGCCUACCCGAUAAGCAAGCUGUUAGACUUUCUGCUGGGCCACGGACAUGUAGCACUUUUUCGAAGAGCUGAGUUGAAAACCCUCGUAAAUUUGCAUGGCAACGAGGCUGGAAAAGGUGGAGAACUGACGCAUGAUGAGACAACAAUUAUAGCUGGAGCACUUGAGCUCACUGAGAAAACAGCUAAAGAUGCCAUGACUCCUAUAUCUGAAACGUUUACAAUUGAUAUUAAUGCCAAGCUUGACAGGGACUUGAUGAGUUUAAUUUUGGAGAAAGGACAUAGCAGAGUGCCAGUUUAUUAUGAGCAGCCUACAAACAUAAUUGGACUCAUUCUGGUGAAGAAUUUAUUGACAAUUCACCCUGAGGACGAAGUACCUGUGAAGAGUGUUACUAUACGAAGGAUUCCAAGGGUUCAAGAAACAUUGCCAUUGUAUGAUAUAUUAAAUGAAUUUCAAAAAGGUCAUAGCCACAUGGCCGUCGUUGUAAGACAGUGCAACAAUACAGAGCAGCUGCCUUCAUGUAACUCUGCUGGGAGUCCCUUGCCGGAAGUGAAAGUUGACAUUGACGGUGACAAACCUCCCCAAGAGAAUGCUUUAAGACGCAAGAGAUCACUUAAGAAGUGGAAGAGCUUUCCCGCAACAAGUAAUUCUGUUAAAGGUGGUUCUCGGGGCAAGAAGUGGACAAAGGGUAUUGAUUCAGAUAUCCUACAUCUAAAUGGCAAUCCACUCCCAGAGCUCCCUGAAGAAGAGGAGGCUGUUGGCAUAAUAACAAUGGAAGAUGUCAUUGAAGAGCUUUUACAGGAAGAGAUCUUUGACGAGACGGAUCAUCAUUACGAGGACUCAUGACAUUCGUCUUGCCACAAAGUUUUUGUGUAAUACAGAUAAUGAUGAAAAUAUUUGGUUUGAUAGGGCUUAUAUGGGCAUAUUCGAGACUGUACCGUUGUUACUUGUAU